AUUAAACACAAAAAACAUCGCUCGAGUUAAAUUCGAUGCAUCGAUGUUUCUGAAUUAAGUCAAUGUGUUGUCGCCACCCUAUGCAUGUGACAGUUCGCAUAGAGUAGGUAGAUAAGUCAUAUUUUUAAUAGUUAUCUGGCGACUACAACCACAGACCACUGUCCAGUAAAUAAAUACUACAACUACAUUUUCAAUGUGACAGUAACAUAGUACAUAUCAGUCUUUCGCUUUACAUAUUCUAAAAAGAAAAAUAGGUGUUAACUUAGUGUAGAUUUUACUAAAGGUGUAUGUGAGUGGCGCGUAAGUGUCGUGUGCGUGACGUCACCGCAGAGCUAGGUGCAGGCGCGAUGUCGCAGGGUCGGUGAAAGUCCCGCACGAGAGCGCGAUGGGCGUGGGCCUGCAGCCGCUGGAGUUCACGGAGUGCUUGGCGGACAGCCCGCACUUCCGCGAGAACCUGCAGCGCCACGAGAAGGAGCUGGAGCGCACCAGCCAGCAGAUCAAGCGGCUCAUCAAGGAGGUCAAGGAUGUGGUGCAAGCCGCCAAACGUCUGGGCGCGGCGCAGCUGGCGCUGGCGGCCAGCAUGGAGCAGUUCGAGUUCGCAUGCAUCGGCGCCUCCACCACGGAGGACGAGCGCGUCAUCGGCCGCUCGCUGCACCACUUCGCGCAGCUCAUCCGCACCGUGGAGGACGAGCGCGACCGCAUGCUCGGCCGCGCGCACGAGCAGAUCAUCCAGCCGCUGGAGCGCUUCCGGAAGGACCACAUCGGCGCUGUCAAGGAGGGCAAGAAGAAGUUCGAUAAGAAGACUGCCAAGUUUUGCCAGAGCCAAGAGCGGACUUUGUCGCUGUCAACUAAGAAGCCGGAGACGGUGUUUCAAGAGGCGGACGCCGCCAUGGACAUGGCGGAGCGCGACUUCUGCCAGGCGUCGCUGGAGUACGUGUUCCAGCUGCAGGCCGUGCAGGAGCGCAAGAAGUUCGAGCUGGUGGAGACGCUGCUGGGCUUCGUGUUCGGCUGGUGGACCUUCCACCACACGGCGCACGACGUGCACGCCGACGCCGAGCCGCUCGUGCGCGACUUGCAGCUGCGCAUCCAGCGGACGCGGAGCAACUUCGAGGAGACCAGCAAGCAGACCGAGUCGCUCAUGAAGAAGAUGAUGGAGGUGAGGCAGAUGCCCGCCGCGGCCGCGGAGCCGGGCGAGGCGGGCGGCGGCGUGGCGCGCGCCGGAUACCUGUUCCUGAUGGAGAAGAAGGCGUUCGGCACCACGUGGAGCAAGCACUACUGCAGCUACGAGCGGGGCUCGCGCGUGCUCUCGCUGAUGCCCUUCAACCAGAUCAACGUGAAAACCGCGGGCGGCGCGGAGGCCGUGCCGCUGGCGGGCGCGCGCGCGGCGCCCGAGCUGGAGCGGCGCUUCUGCUGGGAGGCCGCGCCCGCCGACGAGCGCGCGCCGCUCGCGCUGCAGGCGCUGGGCGAGCGGGACCGCGCCGCCUGGCUGCGCGCGCUGCACGCGGCGCCGCCCGCCGCGCCGCCGCGUGGCGCGCCCGACGCGCCCGAGGCCUGGCCGCUGGACGACGCGGGCUUCGCCUUCGUGCGCCGCCUCAUCGCGGCGCUGGAGGCGCGCGGCCUCGACGAGCAGGGCCUGUACCGGGUGGCCGGCGUGUCGUCGAAGGUGUCGCGGCUGGUGGCGCUGGGCCGCGCGGGCCGGCCGGCGGCGCUGGAGCCGGCCGAGUGGGAGAGCAAGACGCUGGCGUCGGCGCUCAAGGCCUACCUGCGCGCGCUGCCCGAGCCGCUGCUGACGCGCGCGCUGCACGGCGCCUUCCUGCGCGCGGCCAAGAGCGAGCGCGCCGCCCGCCCGCGCGCGCUGCACGCGCUCGUGCACGCGCUGCCGCCGCGCAACCGCGACAUGCUGCACCUCGUGCUGGCGCAUCUGUGCCGAGUGGCCGCGCACAGCGACCGCAACCUCAUGACGGCGUCCAACCUGGCCGUGUGCUUCGGGCCCACGCUGCUGCGCGCCGAGCGAGAGACCGUGGCCUCCAUCCUGGAGCUGAAGUUCUACAACGUGCUGGUGGAGGCGCUGCUGGAGCACUGCGCCGCCGUGUUCAGCGCCGAGCCGCCGCCCGCGCCGCCCGAGCCGCCGCCGCCGCCCGAGCAGCACAACGGCACGGCGGGGCCGUCGCCGGCGAUACCCAUGUCCUCGCGAAAUGAUAUCAGCGUGCCGCUGUGCGCCUACGCGCCGCACCAGCAGCAGCUGCUGCAGCACUUCGCGCGCCCGCCCCGCGCGCCCAGCAGCAGCUCGUCGUCCGUGCGCAGCGCGUCGCCGCCGCCGCGCCCGCAGCCGCCCGCGCCGCACGCGCCGCACGCCCCGCACGCCCCGCACGCGCCGCGCACCUCGCGCGUGCGCACGCUGUACGCCUGCGUGGGCGAGAGCGAGGGCGAGCUGUCCUUCGAGCCCAAUCAGAUCAUCACCAACGUGAGCGCGUCGGCCGAGCCCGGCUGGCUGCGCGGCUCGCUCAACGGCAAGAGCGGUCUCGUGCCGCAGAACUACGUGGAGCCGCUGCCCUAGCCUAGCCGCCUCGCCUGUUGACUAGUGUAUACGUUGUACAGUGUAAAUACAGAGUUGUUGACUAUUUUAACUAUUUAUACUAUAUUAUAUGAAUGUUGUGAAUUUUGUACCAAAUAUACUUUAGUGUAUGUGGAUUUGUAUUAUAAAGCUAUACUAAUUAUUA